GUGCGCGGAGACAGCAUGAGAGAGGCGGGUCCCCGGACGCUCUGGACUCGGCGGCCGUCUCUAUGGUCAGGCUCCGGGGGACGCCAUUUUGGUGCGCGCUUUGUUAUGGUUUGUGCAGAGCAGGAAGCGGGUAACGGCUUGAGGGGAGAGCAGCUGUUCCCGGUGUGACAGAGGGCCCGAGCGUCAGAGCAGUGACAGAUCCAGUAGCCUCUGAGUGCAUGACGUGAAGACAAGGGCCACAGAAUACCUGAUCAAUGGCACAUUACGUAUCUGGAGUAUAACGCAAAUAACAGAGGUCGCUGACCUACACUUCUUCUGAAACUUUUUUUUUUCUCCCCAUAGAUUUUUGCCUAUGUUGAUUAUAGAUAUGACUGAAUUUUUGGGUGUCUGUGUUUAGAGCCUCUCUGUCCUGCGACUAUGGCAGUGGGUGUUUUAUGCAUGUGAGCGCCUUGGACACGCCUCUUGGUAUUUUUUCACGAUUUUUGCCUUCCGAUUGCCAGUUGUCGUUUUCAUCUUUAGAAAUUAAUGAGGGCAUCAACCAGGUGUAGAGGAUUGGCGCAAGAGCGGACUUCCAGUCAUAAAUCCCUGGCAGUGUUUUUGUAAGACUGAAUGGGUCAUUUUGUAUGAUCACAACACUCUUCCACAUUGACUACACAAGAACACACCAAUCUGUUUCAUGAGCAGAAUGAGCACUUAGUGACAAGUUUGAGAUAAGGGGCAAGCUGGCAUGUAGAAACGGGGUGUUUACCCUGCCAGUCGAUUUGAGGGGCUGCCCUUAUCACCCCCUCUUGCCCAACAUAGCUACACAUAUCGAAGACCUCCCAACUGUCCUACAAAACUGGAAGAGGCUGCCCUGCGUGCUCAGACUGAGGGCAGAGCCUGUCCUGGCCAUGAGGGUUAAUGCCUCGAUUCACUGCUAGAAGAUCUACAACCUAAAUGGCGCAGCAUGACUUUGUUCCUGCUUGGCUUAGCUUCUCCACACCUCAGUCCACCAAGUCCUCUGCAGGCGUUGUUGAGAAACAUGGAGAGCACCUUCCCAGGGGUGAGGGCCGCCUGGGGGUGAGUCGCCGAAGACACAAUUCAUCUGAUGGAUUCUUCAACAACGGACCCCUCCGCACCACAGGAGACUCGUGGCACCAGCCAUCCCUCCUGCGCCAUGAUUCGGUGGACUCUGGAGUCUCGAAAGGCACCAACCAGUCUUCACAACCAGGGUGGCAUGGGGCUCACCGGGGUCAGCAGGAUGGUGCGGUGCAGAGAGGAAAUGGCGGUAGCGGGACAGGCAGCGGCGGCCAUCGUCACCGGAAUGGCAGCGCCCUCUCUCGUAAGAAUGCUUCCAUGCAAGACAAGCAGACGGCCGAGACCAGAGAGGAAAAGAACGCGGAGCGGAAAAAGCUGCAGUUCGAGGAGGAGGACUUUCCAUCAUUAAAUCCUGAGACUGGGAAGCAGGUCAUUCAGAGCAAGCAAACUGGGACCCCUACAGGAGUUUGGGAAAACCCUCCCAGUGCCAAGCAGCCACUCAAGAUGCUGGUCAUCAAGAAGAUCUCCAAAGAGGACCCAUCUGCUUUCUCCGCUGCGUUUGCAUCACCCGUACCUCACCUCUCCAACGGCAACAACAAGACCAGCCCCUCUGGGCCAAUUGUGUACAAAAAUCUGGUCCCUAAACCAGCAGCCUCCUCCACCAAGCCCAGUCCCUGGAAGUCCAAUGGUCGGGAGACCAAAUCUUCAUCCUUAUUUUACAACAGAGACUCCGCUUUCACCAGCCCAGUGUUGGCGCCAGCACCUGUGUUGUCAUCACCCAAAGAGCAGGGCACGUCCAGUGUUACCCCACCACUGGAGCUCAGCAUUUCACGGCUAACUCGCAUGACCCGACGUGUCCCCGACAAGAAGAGUGAGUUUCUGAAGGCGCUAAAGGAUGAGCAAGAUACGGACCAGGCUGAAGACAGGGAUGGCGAAAAACUGGAAGAUGUGCAAAAUCAGAGCCCUUCCGAUCUGAAUGACACUGAUGGGGAGCACAUUGAGAGAGGCCGACCUCACAACGGCAUCUCUGGUUCUCAGGAAGAGAGUAGGGAUCGGCUGUCAUACUCACUGGAAGCAGAGCACAGAUUAUUGAAAGAAAUGGGAUGGCAGGAGUCUCCUGAGAAUGAUGAGGACUGUCUGCCGCUAACUGAAGAGGAACUUCGUGAAUUCCAGAUUAAAUCCCAGCGGCUAAGACUAAAUGGUAUGGGACAAAAUGGCUUCCUGAGGCAGCCACGAAGAUGUGCGCUGCUCUUUGCUUGGCGAUGCCCUCUGACCCCUGACCCUAGCGAGUGCUCGGACACAGACACAAGCAGCACAGACACUUCAGAUGACGAAUCUUGAUCACGGAGAGACACUGCAAAAAUCGCCUGGUCCCAGUUGUUCACUGCACUACGCCGUGUGCGUGUACAGGAUAUAGUCUAUGGGGUGGGGAGAUAAAACACGUUGUUGUGUUUUUCAGUCUCGAGCCCCCCCGCUACAAGAGCUCCCCCCCGGCCUUGCUUCCAGAGUAGCUGUUGAGUAUUUUGUGAAAAACAGGAAGUGAAGUCACAGCUUUUCAGGGGGUGGGUUCACUUUGUCCUUUCUAUGCUUCCUAGAAACAACUUGUUUUGUAUAAGCUCUGGAGCCUAGAGGGAUGCGUUAAGGUUUUUUUUUUUGUUUGUUUGUUUGUUUUUUUUGUUUUGUUCCUUCUUGUUUUUAAUGGAGUCUGGCAUACAAAUCAUCGCAGUUGACAAAGCUUCUAACAGUAUUUCAAAUUAAAUCAAAGUUAACCCACUAAAAUCAAUCACUGUUUUGGUAAACCUUCACCUUUCAAGUUUGAUCAUCCUGAUCGCGAUGAUAUCUCGAUGUAAUGCAGCGUUAGUCAUGGCGGGUACUUUGUCUUCGAGCAAUCUAGCUUGUAUUUUGUUUUAUUAAGGGGGAAUAAUUUGCAUAUGUAAAAUAUUCAGAGGAAUUUUUUUUUUUUUUUUCAUUUUUUUUUUUCUUGUUUUUUUUUCUUCUUAAAGCCUUGACAUUCAGGGUGGAUUGUAAAAUAAAACAAGAUUUGGGUAAAAAUAACCAUUCUUGGGGAAGAUUUCAGAAGAUUAUUUUGAAAACAUUAUUUACAGAUGAAAGAAAACUGGUUAUCUGUGUGUGAGGACGACGUCAGCACAGCAGCUAAUAACUUGGAAUAAAUAUUUUGCAUCAGUUUGCCAAAA